AGUAGUAUUAGAAGCAUUUUGUAUACUAUUAGCACGGUAAAAUGUUGAAAUUGACUAUUUUCAUAGCAGCUCUUGUCUCCAGUGCUUUGGGUGCAGCACUUUCGGAAGGCUUAUUGCCCCAGUUGGAUGGUCGUAUUGUAGGAGGAAAUGUGGUCAACAUCAGCAACUACCCUUGGCAAGUCUCCGUGCAACGAAGUGGUUCCCACUUUUGCGGUGGCUCCAUCUACUCUGACAUCAUCAUUGUGACAGCUGCCCAUUGCCUACAAUCAGUGUCCACCAACGUGCUCAAGGUAAGAGCUGGCUCCUCAUAUUGGAACAAUGGUGGUCAAUUGGUUGGCGUACACUCGUUCAGGAGGCACGAAGAAUAUAACCCCAGAACAAAGAUAAAUGACAUUGCCGUUAUUCGCCUAUCUUCUCCACUCUCAAUGGGGCCAAAUGUCAAGCUUAUCACUUUGGCCACCUCCAUUCCCGCUGCUGAUGCGCUUGCCGGUGUCACCGGUUGGGGUAGUACUGCGUAUGGUUCUGUAUCACUCUCUACACAAUUGCAAUAUGUCACUGUUAAAAUCAUUACCCAAGCUGCAUGCGCCUCUGCCACUUAUGGCUAUGGAGAAAAUGUACAACGUACUAUGCUAUGUGCGGCGGCCAAGGAUAAAGAUGCCUGCCAAGGAGAUUCUGGUGGACCCUUGGUGUCUGGGGGAUAUUUGGUAGGUGUUGUUUCCUGGGGUUAUGGCUGCGCUGAACCUAAAUAUCCAGGAGUAUACGCCAGCGUUGCUAAUCUCCGUUCCUGGAUUGUCGAUGCUGCCAAUAUUACAUAUGUAAGCUAAAAAAAAUGCUACAAAUACAAUAAACUGACAUUUCAAAUAGAA